AUGCCAGCCUCAAUUCCAAAAACUAUGAAAGCCGUCGUUAUCGAAGACGAUAAGGCCGUCGUUAAGGAGGGCGUGCCCAUUCCUGAAUUGGAAGAUGGCUUCGUUCUGAUCAAGACCAUUGCUGUUGCCGGUAAUCCCACUGAUUGUGGGCACAUUGAUUACAAGAUAGGCCCUCAAGGGUCCAUCCUGGGUUGCGAUGCUGCAGGCUAUAUUGUCAAACUGGGUCCUGGCGUUGAUUCCAAACGCUUUACCAUUGGCGAUUACAUUUCCGGGUUUAUUCACGGUUCCUCUGUAAGAUUCCCCUCCAAUGGCGCCUUUGCUGAAUACUCCGCUGUUUCAGCGGAGACUGCCUACAGAUUGCCCAACGAUAUUGGACUUUGUGGUAAGGACAAUCUAAUUGAAGGUCCUGUUAGGUCUUUAGAAGGCGCUGUCACCUUUCCAGUGUCAUUGACCACCGCCGGUAUGAUCCUGACCUAUAACUUGGGCUUNGGUAAGGACAACCUAAUUGAAGGUCCUGUUAGGUCUUUAGAAGGCGCUGUCACCUUUCCAGUGUCAUUGACCACCGCCGGUAUGAUCCUGACCUACAACUUGGGCUUGGACAUGGAAUGGAAGCCUUCUGUGCCACAAAGGGGUCAUCCCGUCUUAAUAUGGGGUGGUGCUACUGCCGUAGGCCAAUUGCUGAUUCAGCUGGCUAAAAAAUUGAACGGGUUUACCAAAAUCAUUGUCGUUGCUUCUCGGAAACAUGAAAAGCAAUUGAAAGAGUACGGUGCCGAUGAACUGUUUGAUUAUCAUGAUUCUGAUGUUGUCGAACAAAUCAAGAGCAAAUACAACAAUAUUCCGUAUUUGGUCGACUGUGUCGCUAAUGUAGACACCCUUCAGCAAGUGUACAGGUGCGCAGCGGAUGAACUGGAUGCCACCGUCAUUGAACUGACCACUUUAACCGUUGACGACGUCAAAGAGGAAUACAGGAGACAAAAUGUCACCAUUGCCAAAACAAGCCUAUACGCGAUAGGUGGACACCAAGUUCCAUUUGGAAAAUUCACUUUUCCCGCGGAACCUGAGUGUAAAAAGGCUGCCAUUAGAUUAGUCAAAUUCCUCAAUCCAAAGAUCAAAGAAGGGGAAAUCCACCAUAUCCCAGUCAAGGUCUACAAGAAGGGGUUGUACGACAUCCCCCAGUUGCUUGAUGACAUCAGGAACAACAAAAACAAUGGCAAAAAGCUGGUCGCGGUAUUGACUUAG